AUGGCGAACAUAAACAGAGUAACUUCGCCGAUGAACCUUUAUGAAGAGGAUUUAUUAAAAACCAGAGAAGAAUUAGACUUGAUCAAGAGCGAUUUAUUGCGAAAACAGAAUGAAAGUCCCGCAUUUCUGAUUGGCUCGAUUGAUAGAGUCAAUGAGAAAAUAGCUCACUUAGAUCAGCAGUUGCAAAGCUACACAGAACUUGUCAUAGAAAGUAGAGCUUCCAAUUUUGAUGAUGAUUAUGGAACAGCGAUGGAUGUGCAGCCACCGUACAGAGAAAAGGGUUAUCAAAAAGAAAAAGAAAUCAGAGAAUUGAAUCAGUUCGCUGGACUCUACUCUAUUAAAGCUACUUUGUUGCCUCAGGUCAAUACUAAAGUCAAGCAGCUUACGAAGAUUCCUUUGCCUGCCAGCAGAAAGACUCAGCAGUCAAAGGAGAUGAGUGCCAUUAAACCAAAGUUAGUAGAGCUUUACCAGUAUCCAGGAUUUGAACCAACUGACUUAACACCUCUACCGGACGUGGACGCAUUGACCAUACUGAAAAAAAUAGCCUCAGCCAAAAAAGAUUUAGACAGAAAGCCAUUUUAUAAAGCUGAAUUCAAAAGACUAUUUUAUUCUAGGAUGUCAGAAGCGAUCCUUGUGGACACAUAUUGGUGGAUAUUCUUACAGCACUAUCAUCCUAGUAAGAAAUCACAGUCCAAAUUAUUCAACCGCAUAGCUCACAACUACGUCAAAUUAUUACUAUAUGCCAAAGAACCACAAUACCGAGACGUCUUCUUCAAGAAUUAUCCAGAUUUGCUAUCACAAGCUAUUUACAGUAGCUUUUGCGAAGCCUUCCCAACAUCAUGGCGUCAGUUUGAUGAUAAUUUUCGGUCUGAUAUUUGCACCGUGACCUCGCAGUGGAUUGACGGUACUAAUCCUGUACCACGCUCCUGGAUGGCGUGGAAUUACAAAGCAAUUGAGCCUCAGGGGAUGAGAAAAGCCGAAGUUAUAACUAACAAAUCCAAGAAAGUGAAAGAUGCUGAUGAGAUGACAACCGGAGCUGCUCAAGCUGUGGAAAAUGCACUGAUGGAGCAAGAUUAA